GUUUCGGGGACACACUUGCUGCUUCUCUCCACCCCACAGGACUCACAGAUGGCUUCUCCUUUACCACCAAAUCUGGGAUCCACCUGCACUUCAUCAGGGCUGCAUUUUUUGGCCGUGCCACACCACAAGAUCCCCAUGAUGACAUAGCAGCUUCAGAGCACAGCGUGACUAGGACUUUUUUUCCCCUUCCCUUCCCUUCUUUUUUCCCCUCCCUUUUUUUUUCUUCCCCUCCCUUUUUUUUUUCUUCCCCUCCCUUUCUUUUUUCUUCCCCUUCUUUUUUCCCUUUUUUCCCCCCCUUGACUUUCUUUUCCCCCCCUUGACUUUCUUUUCCCCCCCUUGCUUUCCUUUUUUUCCUCCUUUUCCCCUUGCUUUUCUUCCCCCCCCUUCUGUAACACAGAGGAUCUGGCAGAUUCUUACCUCCUGACACUGUUUACAGCAUAUAUUGGUCGAUAGAGUCCCCUGUUGCAUCUGCUCUGGGAAUUAAGGAGAGCAGCUUGGAGGCAGUAAGGGACAAGACCCCGCUGCAAAGAUGACUUUCAGCUCCCUUCCCAUCGUUCUGCUUUUCAUUGGUGGCAUUUCUGCUCAGUAUGAUUAUGGCCCUGCAGAUGAUUAUGGCUAUGAUCCUUUUGGGCCAUCUGCAGCAGUCUGUGCCCCCGAAUGUAACUGCCCUCUGAGCUACCCCACUGCCAUGUAUUGCGACAAUCUGAAACUGAAAACCAUCCCCAUCGUACCGAGCGGAAUAAAAUACCUUUACCUUCGAAACAAUAUGAUUGAGGGCAUCGAAGAGAACACAUUUGACAACGUGACAGACCUGCAGUGGCUCAUCCUAGACCACAACCACUUGGAGAAUUCCAAAAUUAAGGGAAGAGUCUUCUCGAAACUAAAGAACCUGAAGAAACUCCACAUUAACUACAACAAUUUGACUGAAGCCGUCGGACCCCUCCCCAAAACUCUGGAUGAUCUGCAAUUGAGUCACAACAAGAUCACCAAAGUCAAUCCUGGUGCACUGGAAGGGCUGGUCAACCUGACCAUCAUUCAUCUCCAGAACAACCAGCUGAAAGCAGAUUCCAUUUCUGGAGCUUUUAAAGGCCUGAAUUCGCUUCUGUAUCUCGACUUAAGCUUCAACCGCCUUACCAAGCUGCCCACGGGGCUGCCUCACUCCUUGCUCAUGCUGUAUUUUGAUAACAACCAGAUCUCCAACAUUCCAGAUGAGUACUUCCAAGGUUUCAAAGCCCUGCAGUAUCUGCGUCUGUCGCACAACAAGUUGACGGAUUCGGGCAUCCCAGGCAACGUCUUCAACAUCACCUCGCUGGUUGAGUUGGACCUCUCCUUCAAUCAGCUGAAGAGCAUCCCAACUGUCAGUGAGAACCUGGAAAACUUCUACCUCCAAGUCAACAAAAUCAACAAGUUCCCCCUGAGCAGCUUCUGCAAGGUUGUUGGGCCAACCACCUACUCCAAGAUCACACAUCUGCGCCUGGAUGGAAACAAUCUGACUCGAGCUGAGCUGCCGCAGGAGAUGUACAACUGCCUUCGAGUGGCUGCUGAGAUCUCACUGGAGUGAGCCCACUGGGAGCAUCCAGUGCCCUUCUAGGGCCAGCAACCAGAGGACUCACUUUAAAAUGAAGAUAUACCUUAAACAACACAACCAAGAAAGUGCCAACUUGUGUAUUAUCCAUUCUGUUUGUUAAUACUUGGCGACCUUAAGGCAACCCUGUGUGUAUUAUUUGCAACCUGUUGUAUUUAGAAAGCACAGGGAGGGCCAAAUGUGGAGGCAAAAUGUGCCUGCAUCUGGCUAGGCAAAGCAGUCAGCUGCAGAGCAACCUCUGCUCAAACAUGGGGUAAAUGCCAGCUGGUAGCAGGCUUAGGUGGAAGGCAGCUGGGUUUCAGCAGAGUGCUGGCCUAUGUAAAUAGAGAAAUCCUAUCCAACCAUUCCAGCUUUCUUCAUUAUUCCACUAAUUUCCACUUAAUCCACUAUUCCACUUAAUCAUUCCACAUUAGAAUCAUAGGAUCACAGAAAGAAUCAGUCAGGGUUGGAAGGGACCACAAGGAUCAGCCAGUUCCAAGCCCCCUGCCAUGCCCAGGAACACCCUACCCUAGAGCAAGCUGCACACAGCCUCAGCCAGCCUGGCCUCAAACACCUCCAGCCAUGGGGCCUCAACCACCUCCCUGGGCAACCCAUUCCGACCUCUCACCACUCUCCUGCUCAACUUACUCCUCACCUCAUUAAAGAAAUUAUUAGGAAUAUUAAAAGAAAUAUUAAAAGAAUAUUAAAAGAUAAUUACUUUCACAGGCUCACAGAUGUCAGGGGUUGGAAGGGACCCAAGGAGCUCAUCCAGUCCAAGCCCCUGCCACGGCAGGACCUCACAACCUAGCUCAGGGCACACAGGAACACAUCCAGACAGGCCUGCAAAAGCUCCACAGAAGGAGACUCCACAGCCUCUCUGGGCAGCCUGUGCCAGGGCUCUGGGACCCUUCCAGGCAAGAAGUUGCCCUUGUGUUG